AUGGCAUAUAGACGACCAAACUUAAAUUUGACUCUUGAGCAAUUGCAGAACUAUACUUUAAGUGGAGGUACUGGAAAAAUAUUUUUGUGGAGAACAAUUAUUUCUAAAAUUCGAUCUCAAGGUAAUAUUGUUAUUGCAGUUGCAUAUUUAGGCAGUCCAUUUACUGAUUUACUUAGUAGGGCAACUUUGAUCAUAUGGGAUGAAGCUUUAAUGACAUACAGAUAUGCAUUUGAAGCUGUUGAUCGUAUGUUACAAGAUAUUAUGCAUUCCAAAGAUCCCAAUUCUAAAAAAACUAUGAUAUUAGGAGGUGAUUUUAGCUUAAUAUUAGACUUUAGCCAAUGGUUAUUAAACUUAGGUGAUGGCAAGUUGCCUUUAGCUGAACCAAGUGAAAAUGUAGAUUCAACAUGGAUUAAUAUUCCGGAUGAGUUUUUAAUUUCGCAUGAAAAUGAUUCAAUAAGGCAAAUUGAUUGUACAUAUCCUAAUUUGGAAAAUACAUUUAAUAAUCUGUCUUAUUUAAAGGAUCGAGCUAUAUUAGCACUGACGAAUGAAGUAGUUGAUCAAGUCAAUAUUUAUAUACUUUUCAAGCUUUCUGGUGAAGUAAAAAAAUAUCUCAAUGCUGAUAGGAUUUCACCUACCUCAGCUAAUGUUGAAGAACAAUCAAUUUUAUAUCCUCAAGAAUUCUUGAAUUCACUUAAGUUUCUCACACUACCUAAUCAUGAAAUUGAUUCGAAAGUUAGGGUAAUUGAAGCUGAGACAAUAACUGAGACUAAUGUGGGGAGUCGAUUGUUCAUCCCCCGAGUGGAAAUGUCCCUUUCAGAAUCAAAAUGGCCGUUCACUCUAACACGAAGAUAG